AUGAUGAAUCUGAGUGACUUUAUUUGGGGAAUUUUCUUCCUUGUUCAGACCAGUGUGGGGAUCCUAGGGAACAUAAUGUUGCUCACAGUGUAUAUCAACAUCUUCAUCAUUCAGCCUCAGCAGAAGAAGCCCACAGACCUGAUCCUUGCCCACCUGACCAUGGCCAACACAGUGGCACUUCUCACUCGAGGGGUCCCAGAGACGAUGGUGGGCUUUGGGAUGAAGAAUAUUCUGGAUGAUAUUGAGUGCCAAUUCAUCAUGUACUCGAACAGGGUCUCCCGUGGCCUUUCCAUCUGUACCACGAGUCUUUUAAGUGUGUUCCAGGCCAUCACCAUCAGUCCCAGCAACUCCCAUUGGACCCAGCUCAAACCCAAGAUCACCAACUACACCCUCCCUUCCUUCCUCUUCUUCUGGAUCCUCAACCUGUUGAUCUACUUAGAAAUAAUCUCAUCCACUCGAGCCACCAAAAAUUACACAGUUGUGGGAUAUACCUAUGUUUCAAAAUAUUGUUCCCUGUUUCCCAGGGGUGAUUAUAUAGGUGCCACUGUAUGCUUAACUGCCACAACUUUCCGGGAUCUCUUCUUUGUGGGUGUCAUGAGCUGGUCCAGCGGCUACAUGGUGAUGGUGCUGUACCAACACCGCAAGAAAGUCCAGCACAUCCACAGCACCAGUCUCUCCCAUGCAGCCCCUGUGGAGACCAAAGUCAUCCAAACCAUCCUGCUCCUGGUCACCUGCUUUGUUUGCUUUUAUUGGAUCAAUUGCUGCAUCACGCUUCUUCUCAGUUUUGUGAAGGAGUACAAUGCUCAGCUACAGAAUACGUCAUCCUUUCUGGCCGUAGGUUACCCCACCGUCUGCCCCUACUUGCUGAUCAGCAGGGAUCCCCGAGUCCCCAAGCCCCAUUGUUCCCUCAAAAGAAUGGGAAACCUAUCUCCUCCCAUGGGCUCUAGGGAAAAACACAUAUCCACCCAAUCCUCUCCUCCCCUCAGAUGUAUUUCCCCUUGA